AUGUCGGACACCGGGGAGGAGUGGCAGGUUGCCCGGCGACGAAAAGGUGCAGCGAGGAAAUCAAAAUCACUUCAGGUGUCCUCACAUUCAACCUGCUGCCAGGAGGAGCAGCUGGACAUCAGGAAGACUGUUAAACGAGUCAGAGACACAGAGUCUGAGCUCAGAUGUGAGGAAUUUUGGCAAGAGUGGAAAAAGCAGCUGAGGGUGGCAGGAUCAGCAGCCCUCUCUGAACCUCCAGAGAACAGGGACACUGAGGGCCCCAUCCAGCAGCUGGGGAGCAGCGAAGAAGAGAGAGGCAGACCAUGUCAGCUCCAACAGCUGGAGUGUGUGUGUUAUGGCCUCGGCUCCUUCUCCUCAUGUGUCUCAGCUCGCUUCCAGCUUGCCAUGUUGCUGCUGCUGCUGGAUGCAGGACAGAUUCCACUGAAGGACUGCUCUGUUUAUGAUCCUGCCUUCUCAUCUGGAGAGAGGGAUGUUUUGAGAGAGCUGGGUCUGACCGUACUCACAGAAAACGAGGAGGGGAAGCGUCUGACAGCUAAGCCCACACUCUUUUACCUGAUGCAUUGUGGGAAAGCCCUGUACAACAACCUACUAUGGAAGAAUUGGAGUACACAAUGUCUUCCUUUGAUGAUAAUCAUUGGGAACAGCUUCAAUGGCAUAAUGGACAGAACAAUCGAGAGAGAGUUCAAGCGGGACUACAGCUACAUCACUCAGGCUGUGUCUGUGUGUGAGGAGAGACAGCUGCCUUGUCCAUCCCGUCUGAUUGACGUCUUCAGUGACACCGCCGUCAUCACCUUUCCUACCAGCAGCCUUAACAGACUCCCACCAUCCACCUGGGCAGAGCCGUCUGAACCACAGUACCAACACUGCCCUGAUUUGGAGAUAAUUCAGAGGGAAACACGGAGCUGAGACAAGAAAUGAACAACAAAUAGACACUUUAUGUUUUAUUAUUGUUACCAUUGACAUAAGUUGUUGUUUUUUUUACAAAAAAUAAAUGAACCCUGCUUCAAAUUGAGGACUGAAUCUUACA